UCGUAUAAAUUAACAGCAAUGGUCGUUACGGCUCGUUGUUCAGUUCUGAAACUGGGAGACCGUUCCACAAUCUACACAAUGUAGGCUUUACAGCCCACCAAAGCCCGAUUCCCAUAUCUACCUAAUACCCUCUUCCUCAAUCCAAUCUUCUCCGCUCCACCUUCAAACCUCAACCAAUUCCCUGUAGUUCCAAACUCGAGUCUUCACAGUUCUAGAGUUCUCUCAUUCUCCCUCAUUUGCAAGUGGAAGACACCUUAAGACAUCCAAGAAGAUUGUGCUAUCGGAGGUGACGCCGCGCCACAGCUGGGAGAGGAACGCGGUGGAGUAGCUGGAAAUGGGAAGUUUCCAGUAAAGUCAGGGAGUGGGGGUGGUGUGAUGGGGCUGUUGAGGUUCUGGCUGGCUAUUUUGUCUAAUCUGCCUUUGGCUAUUGGAGAAAUGUCCACUCUCGCUGGUCUAAUGGCCCUGGGUACUGUCACUGAUCAAGGCGAAGCUCCAGACUUCUACUUUCAAAAGUGCCCUGAAGGCAAUCCGUUAUUGGGAUUCUUCACUUGGAGAUGGGUUCUCACUCUUGGGUUUGACCACAUGUACACGUCUCCCAGUUCUCUUGGAACGUUGGUUUUCCUGGGUGCAUCACUCAUGGCCUGCACUUACACAACACAGAUCCCUUUGGUCAAGAUUGCAAGAAGGUCUGAUUGAAUCACUCUCAUAUUUGUAUCCUCUUUUUCUAGGAAUAAAUGGGAGAAAAUUUUCAAUAUCAAAACUUAAUUGAAAUGUGUAGAUGGAGUUUUUUAGAUUCUGUUGAGGCUAUUCGUAAGCAAGAAUAUUCAGACAUUCUGCCCAGAGCAUCAGUUCAAGAUAUAUGUGUUAUUCUGAUGGGAUCUGGAUACGAG